CGCCUUAAGUAUUAUCGAUAGCAAGAAGUAAUCGAUUUAAUAUUUAUAUCUCCAGCAUAGAGUUUUGGAUUGGAUGUUAUUGUGCGUGUUUUCAUUUUAAAGCAGUGGAAUAAGAAAUAUUUUGUAUUCUUGUAAUUAAAGUUUGGAUGAAAAGCACAUGAUGGCGUUGGGAUUUGAAAAACAAAUAAUAGAAUGUAGUAAAUUAAAGAAAUGUGGAGAAAUAACUACAAUGCUGUCAGUGGGAAAGAAAGAAUUUUUCUUGAACUGCGAAUUUUGUGACUAUUCCUUUUUGCAAUUGGAGAAUUUUAUGCAACAUAUGUGCGAAGACCACAUAGUCGAAAUUAAUCAACCAAAAGUAGAGGAAGAGGACAAUGAAAUUGAUCAAUAUGAUGAAGAAAUAGAUGACUUGGAAGAAUGUCUGAAUUCAGUUAAAAAUUUAGAGGAGGCGGAUGAUGAUGAUGAUUAUAAUAUGAGAGACUUUGAGAGAGUCGAAAUUGAACUGGACACGAGUGACAUUAAACGUUCUAUUGACAUCAAAGGGGAAGUAACUCCAAAAGAUUUCGUUAACGAAGACAGUAUGGAAAAUGAAAACUUUAAAAUUGAUGAAAGCCAUGAGGUGACAGAGCAUGAAUACAAAUCUAGCAGCGAUUUAGAUUACGAAGAAUCUUAUAAUUUAGAAGAAAACGAAACUAAGCCAACCGAAAACAGUAAAGAAAUGAAAGCUAGUAACUGUGACGCAAAGCGAAGAUUUAUUAUAGAACUUAUAGAAGUAUAUCAUUCAUGCAGUGCACUGUGGGACUCGAAGUGCGACUCUUAUACCGAUAGAUUGGUACGCAAUCAACAAUAUGAUAUCUUACUUGAAAAAUAUAAAGAAAAGUAUCCAAACGCCACAAAAGAUGAUGUCAGGCAAAAGAUUUUUAGAUUGCGUACAACUUUUCGAAGAGAAUCCAAACGGAUAUCAGCAUUUGAGAAAUCAACUCUUUACUAUUUUGAUGCAAUGACAUUUUUGUUAGACAACGAAAAGCGUGAGGAGUAUAUCGAAAGAAGAAAUUUGGAAAGAUCAGAGAUUGCUGCUUUAAUGACUAUGGAUUAUAAAAAAGAAGAAAUAAAAUGUGGAGAAAUAUCUGCUCUAUUAUCUGCCGGAAAUCAACAAUUUUUUCUGAAUUGCGUAUUUUGUGAAUAUACAUUCCUUCAGUUGGAAAAAUUUAUUCAUCAUAUGUGCGAAGACCAUUUUCCUAAAAUGAAUAAUCAAAAUUUCAAAGAUAUCGACAAACAUUCGUUUACAAAAACAGAGAAAAUUGAUAUGUCGGCUGAUAAAAUGGACUUGGAGGAUGACGAUGAAAAUGGUUGUUAUUUAAAUGGCUUCGAAAGAGUUGAAAUAGAAUUAGAUUCUGAAAAUAUUAGCAAUGAAAUAGAUAAAGAUGCGGCUAUUCCAGAAGAAUGUGGGGACGGAUUCAGUGAAGAUAACAAUAGUUUUGAGGAAUCCGUAGAUAUCGAUUAUUUUGAUAAUGCUCCUGAUAAAAUUGGCAACGCAGGAAUUUAUAUCAAUGAGCAGGUGGAUGAUCUUAAAAAUUUAUUCCAAACUACCAAGAUGACAGAUAUAUUUUCGAGUUAUGCAAAACACCCAGCAUUAUGGGAUAAAAGAAUUAGGCAACCAACAAAAAAAGAGAAAGAGAAUUUAUUAAAAAAUAUAGCCUCAAGCGUGGGCAUGCCAGAAGAAUGGAAAAACAUUCAGAAGUUAGUAGCAAAAUUCCGAUUUAAACUUCGUACUGAGAUAAUUCGAAUGCAAAUUUAUGAAGCCAAAGGUCGGGAAUACACCCCCGCUUGGCUCACAGACCUGAAAUCAUUUAUAAAACAAAAACCGCGUGUGCAGAAGCAAACCCAAAAGACGAAAUCUGUAGAAAUUAAAAAAACUAUUUUAACUCCGCCGUUAUUAACUGACGAUCAGUAUAUCGCUUUAGCAGAACUUUAUAAAAAGUAUCCAUGUCUUUGGGAUGAAAAUGACAUUACAUAUAGAUUUAGCAAUCGACGCCGUGAUGCUUUAGAAUGCAUACAUAAUGAUUUUAAUUUGGAAACUGGUUUAUGUAUGACACAAAAGGAUUUAGAAAGUGAAAUAGCGAAAUUGCGAAAAAUAUGUUCCGACGAAAAGAAACAAAAAUUACGUUGUAAACGAAACAAAAUUGCUUAUAAGUCACCAUACUCUUACUACGAUCACAUUGCUUUUAUUGAAGUAAAUGUGGCGCCAUAUGAAUGCUCAAUAUGUGGAGAAAUACUUUCUAGUUUAGGACAAUAUAAGAUACAUCUAUCAACACACAAUGGGUCCUUACCAUACAAAUGUCACAUAUGUGAUCAUGAAUUUAAGAUUGCCGCUAACUUAACAGUACACUUACGUAGGCACGUGCAUGACUUCACAUAUAAUUGUGAAAUAUGUAAUAAAUCCUGUGCAACAUCAACAGAUUUAAAAAUACAUAUUCGCUCGCACACAGGUGAGAACCCCUACUUUUGUGAUAUAUGUGGCAAGAGACUGCGAACAGCAUCUGUAUUUAGUACGCACAUGCGACGUCAUCAAAACCGACCUUGUUACAAUUGCGAGCUUUGUGAUAAACCUUUCUUCAAAAAGGGUUUAUUAAAAGAACAUAUGAAUGUACAUAUGAAAGUUAAAGAUAAAAUUUGUAAUGUGUGCAACAAAGGAUUUACAAGUGCUAAACAAUUACGUCAGCACAAAUAUAUUCAUGAUAAAGAAAAGAAAUUUGUUUGCAAGAUUUGUACAAAACGUUUUGCCCAACAUGCAGGUCUUAGCGGACAUAUGAAAUCACACGGAACAUCAUUAGCUAACGUAAACAAGUCGUUGAUUUACAAGCCCAUAAAUAGUUGAUAAUAGUUAGAAAGGAGUUAUUCCUUGAAACAUCAAUUAAAUUAUUAAAUUUUCAUUGCAUAUUUACAGCUUUUGCAAAUUAAGUUAAAAGAAAUAUAUUUAAAAUUUACAAUAAAAAGUCUCACAAAUAAAACUCAAUUUUCUAAAUAAACAUAUUAUGUAUUACUAACAGUUAUUCGCAUUGUCUUACCGCUCAUAUGAAAAUUUUUUUUUCAUAAUUUUUAUUGUAGACAUAUACUUAGAUAUCGGAAAUUGUGUUACUUUAGUGGAUAUAUAUUAAAAUCAGAACUUGAAAAUCUGAAACAACGGACCUAUGAAAUUGGUACAUAUUUUAAUAAAAGUAAGUGAUAAACAAA